AUGGGCAGGACCGGCAGGGCCAGGCCGUCUCGGAAACGGCAAACAACCCUAUCGUUUGCUCCUGUCAGCUCGUUACCUCCGACUGGGGAGUCAAGUCGUGUACGAUCUCAGAAUCUUCGCUCGGAGAAGUCAUCACCAAAGGGGGAGAAUGCUGCUACUACGCCCCCGACAAUACCAGAAGAACAAUCUAUCUUCGUCUCAUCUGACGAAGAUCCUAUUCGCCCUCCCUCUAGCAUUAAGCCAAAGACAAGGAAGCGAACAAACCCGGGCAUGAAUAAAUCUAGCUCUGGGGAAAGUGAUGAGAUUGUGUCCCCUACCAAGCGUAGAAGGACAAGUGUACAGGUUGUUAUUCCUCAAGCACCGGUCGCCCGUGACCAGGUCAAAAUAAAACACUAUUCUGAAUCAGACUCUGAUAUAAUUCACUCCCCCCCACUCAGGCAACGGAGGGUUGCCUUAAAGGCCCGUGCCAAAAGAGGCAGAGGCCUUGAUGAAAAGGACCCAGUGCCUGAUGGAUUUGUACAAAAGAGCGGUAAACUGCAACAGAAUGAAAUUGAUCUGGAGGAAGACCUUGAAAUACUUCGCCCUUCUAGUAAGAAAACCCCCCUGUUAAGAAGUAUAUGUCAGGGAUAUGCGCAAGUGGAUUUUUUUUCUGGUUCAGUUCCUUCUGCAAAUAUGCUAAGUGCUCAUUUACGUUUGCUGGCACAUUCUAAUGAUCCCUUAGACGUAAUUGAGAGCCGAACAAGGGGCACGCCUAGUAUUUCAACAGCCAAAGCAGAACGCCAACGGCAACUAGAACUUCUUAAACGUCGGCGUGCUGGAGACAAAUCAAAAAUGACAGAGAGAAACGAAAAAGGUUACAACGAUAACAAUCCCCAUAGCCCAGACGAAUCGGAAGAUAAUGAGGAUUCCGAAGACACUACCUCAUCGGAAGAUUCACAAAUGGACGUUGAUAGUGACGUUGAACCCGCCCUUCCUGAGGAUCUCGAUCAAUACGAUGCUGAUUUUGUUUUGGAGGAUGACGAAGGUGAAUUGGGUGUCCCAGCUGACGAGAUUGAGGUUCCAUUUGAAUUUACUAGGCAUCGAUACAAAAGACUGAAGGAUCAUUUUAGGGACGUUGUUGAAUGGAUGGUUCACAACAAAAUUAAUCCUGCCUUUCGUCGAGAUGAUGCCGUUUAUGAAAUGGCAUUUAGAAAAGUGAAGGAUGAAGUGACGGGUUUGGCAGGCUCUCAGUUUGUAUCGUCAGUCUGGAAUAAGGGGUUUAUAGGCUCUCUCAAAGCAAGGCCGCGGAUCGUGGUCCUCCCUUAUCCAAUUACAGAGGGUCAUCCAUGUGAUGCAUGCAAUAGAUCAAAACAUCCGGCAUCCUAUGAUAUCCGAUUUGAUGGGCCUCCAUACAUUCAGGAGACACUGGAGUCUAUUGUUGGAGAUGAUAGCAGUGAAGACCAGGCCUCUGAUAGUAUGGAGCGUGAAAACGUCGACUGCGAGGGAAACGUGAUACCCAAUGAGAACACACAUUUUUAUCUUGGAAGGCACUGUAAAUCAAAAGCAUCCAUGGCUCAUACUCUAAUCCAUUGGCGCUACCACCUCAAUGAAUGGGUGGUUGGCUACUUGGAGAGAAUUGGUAUUCUUGAGAACGGUGAAAUCCUAAACAGGGAGCAUUGGAGUCAGAAAAAGCGGACAAAAUAUGCCAAUGAGGUUGUCGAUGCUAUGGUUCAGGCAGGAGAGGUCGACCGGCUCUGGAGAGACUUCAACCUCAACUUAAAGACUGCACGAGCUUCAACUGUAGGCUACUCCCCUUUCCCUUGCUUUUCCGCGUUCUUGAACACGCUGACUCCUGUAUAG